AUGGCUCGCGUCGCGCGCCUCCUCGCUCUCCUCUCCCUGACGGCCUACGGCCUCCGGUCGCCAUCGCCAACGCAUCCAAGACACAACAAACGUCACGCGCACGUGUGCGCCGCGUCGCGCGGCGCCGUGGACGUCGGCGGCGCCGUGGCGGCGCUCGCGGCGGCGGCGGCGCUGACCUUGGGCGGGCCGGCCGUCGCGGAGAACGAGCUCGCGGCGUUGGGCGCCAAGGGCUUCGACUCGUCGCUCGUCGACACGUCGUGCUUCGCCGAGGGCGGCGCGUGCGGCGCGGCGGCCAAGGCGUGCCUCAACACGGGCGACUGCCGGCGCGGCAUGACGUGCACGGCCAAGUGCCUCGGGGACAACGCCUGCAUCACGGGGUGCUUCGCCAAGUACGGGAACGCGCCGAUGAACGACCUGCUCGAGUGCUCGAUCGAGAAGAACUCGUGCAUCAAGGUGGCCAUCCUGCCGCCGGGGCCCGACUCGGCGACCGAGGCCCCCGCGCCGCCCCUCGUCCCCGUGGCCAACUUCGACCAGAAGACGCUGGAGGGCACGUGGUACAAGGUCAUGGGCUGGAACGACCGCUACGACUGCUUCGACUGCCAGAAGAACUCGUUCGCGCCCGCGGGCCGCGACAAGCUCGCCGUCGACGUCGAGUUCUCCAUGCCGCGGCCGCCCGCGGGGUCCUACCCCCUGCGCCUGAGCGAGAAGCUCGUCUUCGACCAGAGGAGCGCGCCCGGCGCGCUCCUCGGCGACGGCGGCGCCGCGCCGCGGCGCCACGCGCGGACCGAGGGCCACAUGUUCGGCCUCACCUUCUGGGAGAACUGGUCCGUCAUCGGCGAGAACGCCCGCGACGAGCCCGAGUUCAAGUUCAUCCACUACAGCGGCCGCACGUCGCAGAACACCUACGAGGGCGCCUUCGUCUACGCGCGCGAGCCGACGCUCCCCCCCGCGGCCAAAAAGUCCGUCUACCGCAUCGCCAAGGAGGCCGGCAUGGUCCCCGCCAACUUCUGCGCCGUCCGCAACGACCUCGCGACCUGCGGCGUCGACGCGCCCGCGGCCGACGACGCCCCGGUCCCCGAGGCGCGCGCCCGCAAGGGCCUCUUCAUGCCGGGCGCCGCCUCCGCCUCCGAGGUCGAUGAGACGGGCCUCGCCAACGACAGAAAACCGGAGCCGGUCCUCCCGAAAUGGGUCAGGACCGUCGGCGAGGAGGUCGCCUCCUACCUCGAGGACCCCCACGCGACCGAGCGCUGGGCACCACAACCGCCGCCCAACGGGCGGACCUACGGCGUGGCCUGGACGAGGAACAACGCGCGGCCGGGCGACGUCGAGCAGCUCCGCGAGCUCUACGUCUCCGCGGCGUCGCUGCGGCGCCGCGGGCGGUCGACGCCGACGACGCUGUUCACGGAGCUGGCGCGCGACGACGUCGACGCGGCCAUGCGAUAUUUCGCGGACGACUACGGCCACGCGCGUCCGCCGACGUCGCUCUUCGACGCGGUCCUGAACGUCUCCGACGCCGCGGCGGCGACGCGCGAGAUCCCCCGGCCCCUCCGGGAGGCCGCGGCGGCGUCGCUCGCCAACGCGUCGGCGGAGCGCCGCGAACUGGCGACGUCCCGCCUCGGGCGGCUGCACCACUUCGCGCGCGCGCCCUACGACGUGACGUUGUUCCUCGACGACGACACGGCCUUGUGCGCCGACGCGGCGGGCGAGGCGACGCUCGCGCUCGCGCUCCGCGACGUCGACGCGCCGCCGAGCGACGCGCCGCCCGUGCGGCUCGCGUCCAACGACGGCAGCCAGGGCAAGCACCAGUCCGCGGCGCGCUUCGCCUGCGCCGCGGCGGCGACGCUCGCCUGCGCGCGGGACGCCUGCGCGCCCGGCGCGUGCGGCGACUACGCGAGCGCGGCGUGCCGCGCGUGCCGGCGGCGGUGGUGCGCGGGCGAGGAUCUGGGCGCGUGCGGCAAGGGCUGGGACCGGCUCCAGGGCGGCGCCGUCGCCGUCGUCCGGGGCUGGCGGGCCGCGUCGUUCGUCGCGGACUGGAUCCAGGCCUACGUCGACGCGUGGCUCGCGGGCCACGACGCGCGCGUCUUCAACUACUGGGGCAUGGACCAGGUCGCGCUGACCGUCCUCUUACACCGCGACAAGAAGGCCCGGGCCGAGGAGUCGCGGCUGGGCGCGCUGCCCGCGGAGUUCAACGUCCGCUUCGCCUGGACGCCCCUGGGCAACGCCUUCGACGACCGCAUGGGCGUGCUCGUCGACCGCGCGCUCGUGCUCCACCAGCACGCGCUCGCGCGCGACGCCGGGAACGCCGGGCUCGCCGACCCGCUCGCCUAUGUGGACCGCGUCUGCGGCGCGCUCAACGCCGUCGCCGGGCCGCGGUCCGUCGCGCUGGUGGAGUCGAAGCGGCAAUUCUUCGAGGACCGGACCCGGCCCUUGCGGGCGGCCUACGACGCCGCGCGGCGCGAGGACCGCGGGGACGACGCCGCGCGGCUGCGGGCGGAGCUCGACGACCUCGAAGCGGCGCGCCGCCGGGCGUCGGACGCCCACGACACCUGGAACGUCACGCGGCUCGACGCCGCGGACCUCGCGGCGCGCCACGCGCGGGCGGCGGCGAGCGAUUUGCACACCAAAGACCGAGGCCUCGCGAGGCGCCGCCGCUCUCCGACCGUCUCCUACCCUCGACGCGACGCGAUGGACUUCGACGCGCCCCUCCCGUACGGGGGCGACAUGCAGCUGGCCGUGAAGGCCGCGGACCGCCCGGCCAUCCGGCGCCUCAUGGCGGAGCGCAACGCGAAGGAGCGCGGCUUCGCCAGCGCCGCCGAGGAGGCCGCCGCCAACGCGCCGGUCGUCGAAGCGCCGCCGGUCGAAGCGCCGCCCGCGCCGCCGACGGGCUUCGCGCCGGCCGCCGCGGCGCCGCCGGGCAUGCCGGCGCCCGCGGCCGCGCCGCCGGGCAUGCCGGCGCCCGCGGCCGCGCCGACGAUGGGCUACGCGCCGGCCGCCGCGCCGAUGAUGGGCUACGCGCCGGCCGCCGCGCCGAUGGGCUUCGCGCCGCCGGCCGCCGCGCCGCCGGUCGUCGCUCCCGGCCCGGGCGACCCUGACGACGCCACGACGUGGGACGGCCUGUUCUCGGAGAUCGUCGCCGAGGUCUGCGACGAGGCCGCGAGCGAGACGGAGGUCGAGGAGAGCGAGGUGCCGGGCGCGGCGGCGGCCGCCGCGGCGCCGGCCGCCGUCGAGGCGCCCGCGGCGGCGGAGCUCGAGGCGCCCGAGCCCGCGGCGGUCGUCGGCGCGGCGGCGGAGGAGUCCAAGGGGGACGACGCGCCGCCGGCCGACGCGAAGCCGCCGCUCAAGUCGCUGUCGCCGACGCCCGCGUCCAUCUUCAAGAGCGGCCGCGCGCGCUACGCGCCGGAGGCGUUCGCGUAUCUGCACGCGUCGGUCCACCACGCGGCGGCCGACUUCAAGAAGGCGCCGGAGACCCUGACGUCCGUCGGCGACCUCAUGGCCGCGCUCAAGCCCCACGUCGACGAGCGGCGCUACGAGGCGACGCUCGACGCGGCCGCGUGGGCCGACGCGGCGGCCGCGCUCGAGGACGCGGCUCUGGCGAAGACGCUCUUCCUGCCCAUCGCGGAGCGCGGCGCGUCGCCGGCGCUCCUCGACGCCGUCGCCGUCGCCAUCCGGGGCCGGGGCGCUUCCGCCGUCGCCGCCGCGCGCGCGAAGCGCGAGCGCGAGGACGACGCGCGCGCCGCGAAGCUCGCCGAGAAAGCGUCGAAGAAGGACGCGACCAAGGCCACCAAGGACGCCGCGGCGAAGGCGUCGGCGGCCCGGGCCGAGGCGGACCGGCGCGAGGCCGAGGCCCGCCUCGGGGCCGACAAGAAGGAGCGGAAGCGGCUCCAGCAGCAGGAGAAGCGCCAGCGCCAGGCCGAGAAGAAGCGCCUCGCGGCGGACGCGGCCGGGGCCGCGGCGCCCCUGCCCUACGGCGGCGACCUCCAGGAGGCCAUCAAGCGCAAGGACCGCGACGCCGUGCGCCUCCUCAUGGCCGACCGCGGCGCGCGGGAGCGGGGCGCGCCGGCGCCCGCGCCGCCGCCGCCGGCCGGCGCGACCGUCGAGGGCUUCCUGGUGGCCGCGGGCCUGAGCGACGUCCUCUGGCUCGCGCCCCUGCUCCAGGAGAACGAGGUCGACAUGGCGACGCUCGCCUUGCUCGACGACGCGGACUUUGAGGAGAUGCUCGUCGACGCCGCGACGCGCGACCGCGUCCGCGAGGCGCUCGCGCACCCGCCGGCCGCCGCGGCGCCGCCGAGGAGCGUCGCGGCGCCGCCGAAGAGCGUCGCGGCGCCGCCGAGCCCCAACGGCGCCACGUCGCGGGAGAUGGGCGUCCUCGGCCGCGUCGCCAAGCUGUCGAAGAAGGACGGCUUCCUCCGGCGCGACGACGGCGCCGCGGACGUGUACGUCUACCUCACGGACGUCCGCGAGAAAAAGAUCGCGGUGGGCGACCCCGUCGUCUUCGACGUCAAGACGAACAAGAAGGGCCGCCUCAACGCCGUCAACGUCGCGCUGGACAGGAGCCCGCGCGCGCGGCCCGCGGCCGCGCUCGCGGACAAGGCGCUCGGCGCACUGCGGAAGCAGCGCGAGGACAACGACGCGAAGCGGCGCGCGGCCGACGACGCGAAGAAGGCCGCCGCCGCGUCGGCCCAGGAGAAGCGCCUCGCCGCGAAGCAGCAGCGCCUCGAGGACGUGAACCGGAAACUCGCCGAGGAGGCGAAGCGGCUCGAGCUCGAGAAGCGGGCGCUGGCCCGGGAGCGCGAGCAGCUCCGGGAGCUCAAGGCGGCCCAGGCGGCGAAGCUCGACGCGAAGAAGGCCAAGGCCGAGAAGGCCGCGGAGAAGAAGCGCGAGAAGAUCGCGCGCGACCGCGACCGCGACCUCGCGCGGCGCGACGCCGCGCGGUCGCGGGCCCAGGCCGACUUCGAGGCGCUCCAGCGCCAGGACCUCGGCGGCGGCCGCGGCGGCCGCUGGCCCGGCGACGCGCCCCGGGGCGGCCUCGAGCGCGCGGGCAGCCUCGAACUCGACGUGACCGCGCCGGAAUUCGAGCCCCGCGACGCGCCCGCGCGGUCCUACACGGCCAUGCGCGCGUCCUACUACGGCGGCGACGCGCCCCGCGCGCCGUCGCCCUUCGCCGAGCCCUUCUACGGCCACGGCGCGCCGCAGGCGAACCCCUACGGCGACGGCGGCGGCGGCUACGACCCGGACGGCGCGCCGCGCCAGCAGGACUGGUACUCCGGCGCCGCGCUGCCCUGGCGCAGCAUGGCCAGAACGUCGUCCAAGGCCGGGCCGGGCUCGUCGGUCGUGCACAUGUGGCACGACAGCUUGGGCUUCCUGUCGACGUCGCAGGCGCUCUGCGUCGCCGCCAAGGCCUUGCGCACGGAGAGCCGCACGGAGCUGACCCAGUUCGCCCUGCCGCUCGUGCUCCUCUUCUCCGCGUCGACGGCGAUCCGGUCCUGGAACCCCAUCGCCUGGGCCGCGCGGCCCUACAAGAUCGUGAGGUGCCGGGGCCGGGGCAUGUCGAGCCCCAUCGCGGACCAGUGCGUGAGCCACCUCGGCGAGAGCGCCAUGGGCGUGCUCAUGUGCUGCUACACGGUGGCGACGGCGGACAAGGACGAGCCCCGCCUCUACCUCUGGCUCAGCGUGCUCAUCGCCGCCGUCGCGCGCGCGGCGUGCUGGUGCGGCGUCGUCAACGGCUACGCGAUGCCGCACGCGGCCGAGGAGGCGUGCUGGACGGCCGCGGCGUCCACGGUCGCCAUCCGGGGCCGGACCCUGGGCCACGCGGAGAUCACGGUCUUCUUCGGCUGCUGGGCGCUCUGCCUCGUCGUCGUCGACGUCCCGAUGUACGUCCGCGCGGCCCUCGAGAACGCGAAGCGCGGCGACUGCAAGGUCGCGAUCCUCAAGUCGCUCACGCGGCCGCCCGUCGACGACUCCUACGACACGUGGAAGGACGACAUGCCCUGGCUGACGCUCUACUUCGUCCUCGGGCCCUGGGCGGCGCUCGUGCUCUACCAGCGCAUCGCCGAGACGCCCUGGCUGUUGUCGCUCUCCGCCGCGCCCUCGAGCGCCUCCGCCGCGGCGCCGGACGCGUACGCGAGGGCCGCGUCCGGCGUGAUCGCCAGCGCGCGCGGCACGCGGAUGAGCACGCUGCCCGCGGCGUGCGCCGCCGUCGCGACGACCGCGCGCUCCGUGCCGCCGCAGGGCGCGAUGCGGCAGUCCGUGAACGCCGCGCCGCCGCGCUCCAUCUCGCGCUGCAGCGAGCCGUAG